AGGAGUAAGAAACUUAGUUUCUCGUUGGAUACCCCACGUGUUGAAUGAAGAUCAGAAAGCAGCCAGGGUUAAUUGGUCGUUUCGAAAAAGAUGCUCUUAAUGAGCAAAGAACUGUUACUGCGGAUUGGUAUACCACCAUUUUUUUGCCAAAAGUCAUCACCCAGCUUCGAAAAAUCAACCCCGAAAGAAGAAUCAUCCUCCACCAAGACAACGCAAGCUCGCACACAGCCCAAAAAACAAGGCAGUAUUUAACGGAAGAAAACGUGGAGUUAUUGGACCAUCCUCCAUAUAGUCCCGAUCUAAGUCCUAACGAUUUCUUUACUUUCCCGAAAAUUAAAAACAGACUGCGUGGUCAAAGGUUCAAGUCACCAGAAGAAGCAGUCGACGCAUUCAAAAAUGCCGUUUUGGAUCUGCCAGCAAACGAGUGGAAUAAGUGCUUCGAAAAUUGGUUAGAGCGCAUGCAGAUGUGAAUUAAUCUUCGUGGAGAAUACUUCGAAAAACAAUACAGUCAUUUAAAAC